UCAUAAGACUACAGUAGCUUCUUGGACCAUUCGUCUGCUCAGAUUAGGUGGCUGUUCUAUUUGGAAAAUUGAUACAGUGAUCGAUGUGUGCAUUCAAGAUAUUUAUUUAAUUCAAUAUUCUAAGAGAACGCCAUAAACAACUGGACAAAACUGAGGCCUUCAAGGCCACUGAUUAUUACCUCUUUACAAGAAAUCAUCGCAUGACAGAACAGCGAUCAUCCAAUCAGCAAUGUCAUGGCGACGAAAAGGAAUCUAAAUGUAAAAGAUGGCUCAGGCAAGUACUGACAAAUAUAGCGAUGACCAAUUGAACUAUUUUCGAGUUUGUCACGUGACAGCUACCGUCAUUCCAGUUGGUCUUCGUACUGUGUUUAAACAACAAUGGAAUGCUCGCUAUAAGACAUCUCAUGGUGAAUGGAACGACACUGCAAAAAAUGGAGUUGAUUUCGAUAGUUUAACGUCGCCAAAAGAAAGAAUAACGAAGGCUAGAGAACUUUCCAUUAUCAAAAAUGGGAAAAGCUUUGAAUGGGACUGCACAUGUUUGUUUUACGGGAUACUUUACUCCAAUUGUAUAGGAAGAAACACGCUUGACCCUAAAGUAAAGAAGGCUGUAGAUGAUCUGCGACAGUAUCGUAACAAGUAUGCCCACUGUCAUCAAAGCAAAGUAACUGAUGCAGAUUUCCAGGCUUCAAUACGAGAUGUAAUUAACGCUUUCGAUGAUUUAAAACUGGAUACAAAUGCCGUUAAAAAACUUAAAUCGCAAACAAGUUUUCAAACGAAUGAGCUCCAAAGAAUUCAAGAUCAACUGGAUAAGGAGAAGAAACGCAACCAGGAGCCACAGACAUUUUGUGAAUUUCCACCCAAACCAUCGCAUGAAACCAUUGCACGUUCGAACGAAGUAGAUAAAAUAAUUAAAGAGAUGAAAACAUUACAAAGCCGUCAUCCAAACGAGGUGACACAUGUCUACCUGUCAGGGAAUCCAGGCUGUGGAAAAAGUGAAACCGCAAGACAAAUUGGCGAAAAGGUGUUUCAUGAAUCAGCGGGAGCUUCGUCGAAAACAUUUGUUUUCACACUAAAUGCGUCCAGCGUAGACACACUACUGAGAUCGUACAUUAACUUUUCUCGUUUUCUCCGAAUAGACGAAGACUCCAUCCAAAGCACUGUAUCAUCGAAAACAAUUUCACGACCUGAGGAUAAAAUUCUGCAUUUCAUUGGACUCGUUAAUCCUAAAUUAGCAAUGUUCUCCUCGUGGCUAAUGAUCGUCGAUAACGUGGUCGAUCUUAAGAAGAUAUCAACAUUUUUCCCUCGCCUAGGACAAAGUGUAACGGGAAAAGGACAAUUAUUGGUGACUACACAAGACAGUCAAGCGAUUCCUCCUGCAAGUUCUAAAGUCUACCACAAAUCUCUAAGUAAAGGAAUGGAGCCUGAAGAUGCUGUAAAUGCUCUAUGUGCAAUCUCACAACACGAUGAAGAUAAAGACGUGGCGCUUGAAAUUGCAAAAGCACUUGAUUUUCAACCACUAGCUCUUGCCUGUAUUGCUGUCUACAUGAAGCUAGUCAAUCAACAUGGCACCGCUGUAACUUGGCCUAACUGCCUUACAAAGAUCAAAGAAGGAAAACACGAAAAAACAGAAAAACCGUACCUCGAUACCAACGUUCAAGUCUAUUCACAAUCGAUGGCAACAGCUGUGAAGAUGGCUUUAGAUAGGGUGGCCGAGGAAGAUAAUGUCAUGAUGCUUGCAUUUCAGAUAUUGUCAGUACUUGCCUUGGAUCCAAUACCGAUUAAGUACGUUGCUCAAUAUGUUGUCCUGUGUAUGCCAGAGGAAGACGAAGACCUUAUACAAGCUCACAUUGCACGCUCUUCUCUCGUUCUCAUCUCUGAUGAUGGCCAAAAUGUCCGUGUUCAUCAAAUUGUAUAUGCUGCAUUACAAGAAAACGUAAGAUAUACAGUUGAAGGAGAUUGUCAUAGUUUGGCAAAUGUGAUUCUAUCGUUUUCCGAGCUAACUAUUAAAGAUGAUGAAGAGCCGGAUUAUGACUUCAUAACAUGUACCAAGUCUCUUACUCCACAUUUUCUAACUUUGCAGACAAUCGUAUAUUCAAGCUUGUUUGUAGGCAUGAAUAAAGAAAGAACACUUGAGGUAGCAAAAUGUAUUUCGUGCUCAAUUGGUAAGAUAUGUUACAUAAAUGGUAAGCUAGAAUCAGCAAGAAAAUAUCUUGAAAUGUCUAUCACAAUGAAAGAAAACUUUUGUACUGGCAUCGAUCUUUUGACAGAACGAAAUGCACUUGGAGAAAUUCUUUAUGAUCUUCAAGAAUUCACGAAGGCAAAAUAUUGCUUCGAACAAGCACUAGGUGGUGAUUAUGAUGCUAAUCUUAACAUCAGCAAAACAAGUGGUUUGUACCUACGCGCACUGACUAAUCUCGGGUUGACACUUUCCUGUGACGAACUCGGAGAGAAGCAGGAAGCCGAACGAUGUGUAAAGAAAGCACUUCCAUUCAUCGAAAAGAUAACUCCAGAUUUUCCAUUUGGUGGUCGAAUAUUCAACAAUAUUGCAAUGGUGUACUAUCAUCAUAUGAUCUAUGCAGAAGCAAAAACAUUUAUGGAAAAAUCGGUUGCUUGUGACAAGAAAAAAUAUGGCGACAAUCAUCCUUUUCUAUCUAAGAAAUACAACAACCUUGCAAUAGUACUUAACUCAAUGCAAGAACAUAAUAUGGCUAAACAAUACUUGCAAAAGGCAAUUUUCAUCUCAAAGCACUCUCUUGAUGAAAACCAUCCCUACAUAUCAAUUUACUACGGCAAUCUUGCCAGACCGCUAACAUCUCUCAACCAGCACGAAGAAGCCAAGAAAUGCUUGGAAAGAGCACUCGAUAUUGACGAACGUGUGUAUGAUGACAACCAUCCAACAUUAGCCAGAGAUUUAAACAACCUCGCUAUGGUCUUAAAAGAUCUCAGACAGUAUGAGGAAGCCAAGAAAUGCAUGGAAAGAGCAGUCGCUAUUGACGAACGUGUUUAUGGUGACAACCAUCCAACAUUAGCCUUUCAUUUUAUUAACCUCGGUCGAGUCCUAAAACAUCUCAGAAAGUACGACGAAGCCAAGAAAUGCAUGGAAAGAGCACUCGCUAUCGAGGAACGUGUUUAUGAUGUCAACAAUCCAACACUAGCACUCUAUUUGAGUACCCUCCAUUCCGUGCCUCUAGAUCUCAAACGUUAUAGGCGAAAAAGAAGAAAUCCACUGAGAGAGAACAUCAUUUUUGUGAGGUUCAUGCAUCGUCUUAAUCGGCUCCGAAAAAUUUUCAAGUAACGAUAUGGGGUAGGACGCCAACGUGCCUUCAAGCAUAGCUAAUCAUCCCAUCUACAUCAAGAUCAUGUUUUUCAAGUACUUCGUUUUCAAAUUAACCACAACUCCUACAACGAAACUGCCUCCGUCAACCUCCUACUCAAUAUCCGCGUCAUGCUGAGGGUAAGUCUGUCAAGCCAACCAUAAACUCUGUCCAGACCAUCGAGCUUGUUGUUUAGUCGUGCACUUUGAAAAAGUAGAAUUUUGCUGGGAAAACGAAAACAAUGCCCAAAUAAAAAGACAUCUAAAUGCAGUCUCAAUCCAAUUGAAAUUUUGCGAAAAAAAAAACACGCAAAACAAAACAAAACAAAAAAACUGAGAGAUGCAAUCCACACAUAUGACGGAAAUCUUUGUUCUCACAAGUUCUUGUUGCGGAUUCAAAAUUUUUUCGACUUUGGACAAUGUGUGCCGUGGGACUGAAGUUAUUGUUGCCGACGAAUAAUUUUUCAACCUGGUCGACACGUAUCCGUAUUGGAAAAGUUUCAGAUAUAUCCACUUGAAAAAACCCGUUUUUGAAGAUUUCCCGCGGUUGGCCACUUGAUGCGACCCGCAGUAGCGUAACAAAAACUAUUUGCGGUUCAAAAAUUCUCGUCAUUGUGCUGAGAUGGAAGUUAAAAACAGAGCUAUAAGCCCAUGUAAUAAAAUGUAUUUCAUACAACUGUUUAACAGUUUAGAAUAGCUGCAAUCGUUGCCAAAAUAGCUUGGACUACAGAAUAAAUUGUCUUCAGUUACAUUCACAAAUGUCCUUCCUAGCCCCUUUUCAUCCUUUGAUCAAAGUUUUUGGAGACACUUUUUUGUAAAGUUUUGUACUAUGAUAGCAUGUUCAAUUGCAUUCAGGGGGCUCUGAAGAGGAGGGGAAAUUGGGGUGAAAUUGUUUGCUGGUGUAUGUUAACUUGCAUAAUAUGAAGAAAUUCACUUGAAUAGUCCAAGCGCUUG